AUGCAGACUACUGUCGAUAGGCUUGACAAACCCAGUGCUUACUACCUGGGAAGGAAUAAGAAGCGUAAAUAUGGUCGUGACCGGGACGAUGAUGACGUCGGCCGACAAAGGACACCCGAGGAGCCCGAAGACCCAUUGAAGGAUGCUGCGACACUCUACGUGGGUAAUCUGUCAUUCUACACUACUGAGGAGCAGAUACAUGAGUUAUUCGCCAAAUGUGGGGAAAUCAAGCGACUUGUCAUGGGCCUUGACCGCUUUCAUAAAACCCCUUGUGGCUUUUGUUUCGUGGAAUACUACAAUCAUCAAGAUGCAUUGGACUGUAUGAAAUACAUAGGAGGUACCAAACUAGAUGAACGGAUCAUACGGACAGACCUAGAUCCAGGCUUUCAAGAGGGAAGACAGUAUGGGCGAGGGAAGUCUGGCGGUCAGGUUCGAGACGAGUACCGCGACGAGUACGAUCCAGGACGAGGAGGCUACGGCCGUGCAAUCGCCGAGGAGCGUCAAAAGGAGGAAGAUGAGUACGGCAAAGGAAGGUAG